GUAAAUUAAUUCUGUCGCCAUGUGCCGAAUGUUUACUUCCUGCGAGGCCGAAACUGCAGAAUGCUGGUUUUGAUAUUUUUCUGAAUUUUCUUCUGUAGUAUUUGGAACAUGGGAAAAGAUAACCGUCGUAUUUCAGCUCCAGACAAUUGUUUGUCUCCUCUUAAUUUUAAGGAAUGCAAUAAAAAGGAAUUGACUGACAUUGAUUCAAGGCCAGAUGGAAGGGCUUGUGAUGAAUUAAAACCAAUAUCAUUAAAAGUUGGCAUUGCUCCUGGAGUUACUGGCUCUGCAUAUUUAGAGUGUGGAAAAACCAAAGUCAUUUGCUCUGUAAAUGGUCCUCGUGAUGUACUUCAUAAAAGUGAUUCAGCUGCAAAAGGUCAACUUUUGUGUGAAUUCAAGUUUGCUACUUUCUCCUGCAAAGAACGGCAACCAUAUUUACCUAGUGAAGAAGAAAGCAACAUAUCAAAAUCAAUUCAAGAUGCAUUAGAACCUGUGAUUUUGCUGCAUAAAUUUCCCAAAUCAAGGCUAGACAUUUCCAUUAUAGUGUUAGAAAAUGAUGGAGGAGCAAUUAGUGCUGCUGUUACAUGUGCUGGUGCUGCUCUAUCAAAUGCUGGUGUUGAAAUAUAUGAUUUACCGGUUGGAUGCAAUUUAGUUUGUAGCAAAGACAUUGAUCUGUUAGAUCCAACUUAUGAAGAGGAAACUUCUUAUCAGUUGCAAAACUAUGCUAAACUAACUAUAGCUAUGAUGCCUGCUUAUAACAGCCAGAUCAUUCUAAUGGAUAGUUUUGGAAACCUAUCACCUGUGUUACUUUCUAAAGUACAUAACCCGAUUUUGUAG